UACAUAAAAUAAAAUAAAACAAGCGUUCAUUUUAGUCUUUCCUCCCUUCCUUCAACGGGCAAAGGUCCUCGCAGCUCGGAAUUUUUUCUCCCCCGAAUUGGGGGGUUUUUACAGUUUUGGCGCUCGUGAUUGAUGAGCUCGUUAUCUCAAUUUGUAAGGUGUGCAGUUUAGGGAUUGAUGGAUGGGGUGAAAUCUAAUGCCCGUCACCUGAAGAACGAGGAUAAUGUUGGUGCGAGCUCUUCUAGUCUGGAUCGUAGUCAGACCGUCGCACUAAAAUCAACUGGGACAAGUACCCCUUCUAGUAUCCGUCCAGCGCCUAGGAGAACUUCUGGCCCAAUUAGAAGAGCAAAAGGAGGUUGGACCCCAGAAGAGGAUGCUACAUUGAAAAGGGCUGUUGUAGCUUACAGGGGGAAGUGUUGGAAGAAAAUAGCUGAGUUCUGUCCGGAGAGAACAGAAGUUCAAUGUUUACAUAGAUGGCAAAAGGUUCUGAAUCCAGAUCUUGUUAAAGGUCCUUGGACUCCCGAGGAGGAUGAGAAAAUAAAAAAACUAGUGGAUAAAUAUGGACCUAAAAAAUGGUCUACUAUAGCAAAAUCAUUGCCAGGCAGAAUAGGGAAGCAAUGCCGUGAAAGAUGGCACAAUCAUUUGAAUCCUAAUAUUAAGAGGGAUGCUUGGACUUUGGAGGAGGAGCUUACUCUUCUUGAUGCACAUCGGGUUCAUGGAAAUAAAUGGGCCGAGUUAGCUAGGCUCCUACCUGGAAGGACUGAUAAUGCAAUCAAGAAUCACUGGAAUAGUUCUCUGAAGAAAAAGUUAGAGUUUUAUCAGGCUACAGGGAACCUUCCUUCUGUUCCUAGACUUGUCUCCUUAACUGUGAAUACCUCCUCAGUAGAAGCACUACAUGAUGAUCAAAAGAAAGGAUCAAAGUUAACCAGCUUGGGUUCAUGCGAAGCUGCUGAUUUGUGUGAAGUUGGAGAUAGGAAGGAUAGUUCAGAGGAUAAGUCCGAUGAUCAUAAUACUGCCACCCUUCAGCAGACUGAUUCCACCGAUAUAGGGAGCAGCAAUGAGGUGACGAUUUCAGAAUUAGAUACUGUUAAUCAAAGCGUGGAAUCUGAGUUUGAGAGACUGAAAAUAAGUUGUGAGGGUGAUCAAUAUCAUCUUAUUGGGGCAUCAGUGCAGGAUGAUAUGUUAGGAAGGACGCUAUCCUAUACACCCCAUAGUUAUGGACAACCACAUUUGACCCUUGAAAAGAUUUCCUCAAUGCAGGAUGAUACAUUAGGAAGGUCGCCAUCUUAUAAGCCCCACAGUUAUGGACAACCACAUUUGACCCUCGAAAAGAUUUCCUCAAUGCAAUUUCUGUCAGACACUAGUCCUCCCAGAGUACCUUUGUUUACUCCACCAAGUGUAAGAGGCAGUAGCUUUUCCGAACAAUCGCCUGAAUCUAUACUGAGGGUAGCCGCAAAAAGUUUUCCUAAUACUCCAUCCAUACUAAGGAAAAGGAAGUUGGAAGUGAAGUUUAAGGAAACAGUUGAAUCCAACGAUGAGAAAAGUCACAAGACUAGUUCUGAGAGUACUGAAUUAAAUAACAAGAGAUUAUGUGCAGAUCUUACUUCAGAUUGCAGAGAUGAAUCAAGCAGCUCUAAGUCAUAUGAUUCAUCUCCUCCUUAUCGAUUAACAUUCAAGAGGAGUUCAGUCCAUAAAUCUCUUGAAAAGAUGCUUGAUUUUACUACUACCAUGGAGCAAGGAUGUUGUGACAACAACAAAAUCUCUGAAGACUCUAAGAUCAAAAGAACUCUUCCUGUGACAAAGUUCUACACACGUCGAAGGUGGCGUUCAACAUCUUCUUGGGGUACUAAAUGUAAUUGAAGAGAAGCGGAAAGAACAGAAGAGACCUGCCUCCAUCUUUGCAUCAGUAUCAGGCCAAGGGAGAAUAUUGUUAGUGGAUGCUAGGGUAAAUUAUUAGUGUUGUGUUUUUUUUAUUUAUCUAUCAAGAGUUGUGCUUUUAAUUAAGCUGUGUAACUGAAUUGUAUAGAGUUCUACAUCUACUCGGGCAGAGAAUGUUCCCUGUUUUGCUAUUAUAAAAAAAAAAAAAACAAAAAAAAAAAAAAAAAAAAAAAAGAAAAGGAAAGAGAAGGAAAAGAAAAGAAAUUCAUUGCAGUUGCUGUUUAUUUACAGAACUUAUUAUUGGUU